AGCCGAACCUCACCCAUUUAUUAACCUAACUGCCUAACCGUCUUUCUCACCACCUUCCUCCUUCAUCAACUUCUCUUUAUAUGUAUAAACGUUUCUUCUCCCUAAAGAAAACACAUUUGAGAUUUUCAUCAUCGAAAGAGAUAGAGAGAGAAGUUAAAGAUAACAAUAACGAUCAUGAAGCUCGUCUGGUCGCCGGAAACUGCCUCUAACGCUUACAUCCACACCGUUAGAACGUGUAUAAGCUACAAAGAAUCGAGUGUAGCCGAGUAUUUAUCAGCUACGGCGGCUGGAUGGAACACGAGGCUGAUCGUGGAGACUUGGAAGCGUGGAGACCCCAUCGCCACCAGUGUCGGACUAGCUGUAGCAGCCAUACAUACCCGCGGAAGACACAUAUGCAUAGUUCCUGACGAGGAGUCAAGAUUGGAGUACGAGACCGUGAUGAAAAGAGCCGUCGUGAGCGAAACGACGGAGAUAGUGGUCGGAGACUCGGUGGAGGACGUGGUGGAUAGACUCUCCGGCGUGGACUUCUUGGUGGUGGACUCAAAACGUGGCGAGUACGUCAAGGCGUUGGGGUUAGCGAACACGAGCAAAAUGGGUGCCGUUUUGGUGUGUAAAAACGCCACGCAGAAGUCUAUCCCUGGGUUUAAGUGGCACCGUGUUUUGAGACGAGGCACACGUGUUGUAAGAUCGGUGUUUUUACCCGUCGGGAGAGGGUUAGAUAUCGCACACGUGGGAGCCAGUGGUGGUGGUGGUGAUUUGAAGAAGGUUCAUAGUCGUUGGAUUAAACACGUCGAUCCUCGGUCAGGAGAAGAGCAUCUGUUCAAACGCAAAUAGAAAAUAAUCUGGGUAAUAAGACCAUUUAAAGGAUAAAAUUUUUAAGUUCCUUUUUAAUGAUGUAACUAGUAAGCAAGAACGUUGAAUGUACUUUUGUUAUUGACCAUUUGCAAAUGGUCAAGAGUUGGUGAUUUUUUUCCAAAAUAAUAAAAUCUUUCACAUCUUCA